CCGCCUGACGCCCGCUGUCCCCCCGCAGAUGCUGUGCGACAUGGAGCAGGUGACGGCGCUGCGCUUCAUCCUGCGGCAGCCCUCCCCGGCGUGGCUGCACUUCGGAAUCGAGGAGCUGCAGCUCUUCCCUCCUGGCACCAAGGAGCUGCCCGACCCGGAGAAGGUGGCGGCGGAGGUGCAGCAGAUGUGGGCGUUGACGGAGGUGACCCGCGCUCGCCAGGCGACCGCGCGCAUCGGGCGCUUCGACGUAGACGGCUGCUACGACGUCAACCUGCUGUCCUACAGCUGAGCCCCGCUGGGCGCUCCCGGAACCGGCGUGGAUGCUGCAACCGGUGGACUCCGACCCGGCCUUUGCCCCACUCCCUCCCGUGCCGCCCGCCGG